AAGCAUGGCUGAUUAGAGUCCAUGCAUAUAAGACCUAAUAGGAUUGGCUUUUAACAUCCAUCAAGUAAAAAUUUUGGCAAAUAAGAAGCAAGGUUGAUGAGAGUUUUGAUCUGCCACUUGCACACCACAAAAUAUUCAAAAUAAUAUCCACUAAAUGGUAUCCAACAUGCUGAAAUUAUUUUUUUUGUAAAUGAGAUUAAGGAAAGCAAUAUGGUUCAAUUAAACCAGGAGUUAAAAAAGGAAAAGGGUGUUGAGCCAUUCAAUUACUUAUUUGAUAUUGUUUCGACAUUGGUUUACAUAUUUGAGUGACCAACUCGAACUUGAACUCGAUGCCAUGAGGUGUUCAAUAUCUCUCUCAAGUUCCAAAUGUCUUCAACCUUUUCAAGUUGGACAUUUGAUGCUAUAUCCACCUACCAAUCAAUGUAAAUAUGGCCCUUGAAAUUGGAUAUGCAAAUUUAUUUCACCUUUUGGUCCUAGAGGUGCUAGGUCCUGUUGCAUCUAUAUUACUGGUACUUUGAACUUUUCAUAAAUGUACAUUUCAAAGUGAGAGAUAUGUAGGAAAAGUAAGAUUGUUGAUUAUGGUCAUGUUAGAUAUACUUAUAAUGUAAGAUUGUUGAAGUACUAUUAAGUGAUUUUGAAGCAAACAUCAUAUUAAAAUGGAGUUAGUAAGUCAUUGUCCAAUAGAUAAUUGUACUUUUUUUUAAUGAAUUUCGUGCAUUGUAGGAGAGUAUAACUUAUCGUCAACAAGUGGAACAAGAGUUUAUAUUGAUUUGGAAAUUUCUGAGAUUGCUAAUUUCAAAGAUCAGUAUAGAAUUCAAUUAAAGGUUGAAGAUAGCUCAGAAAUGACCAUAUUCAUCAAAGAGGAAGAGAAAAAGAAUAGUUUACAUCUUUAUACACAAUAGCUUGCCCGUGCAUCGCACGGGUUAGUGACUAGUAUUAUAUAUAUAGAUACACACAAUUCUGUCCCUAAUUAGCCCUCCCACCCAAUAGCUAAACGCCUAGUUCCAUUGCUGAAAAUAGAGACUUACAGUUGGAGGCUGAAAGGUUGGACGUCCUCUGAGCAUUAAUCUCACUGGUUGGGUGGCAUCAGCAGGUGGAAUCUUUAAGAUUUGGAAUCUUUUAUUUUAGGGUUUAGGGUUGAGGGAGAGAGAGGGAGAUACAUUGGUGCAGAAAACAUGAAUGUGGUCCCUACAAAUGGACCAAACUACCUUCCCUUGAUCAUGGACAGGGGUUUUGUUGGUGUAUUGCAUGAUUGAUAUCUUUUCAAUUGGCUGUCUUGUUCCAUGCUUGAACCUGUUCGUAAAACACGAGAUGCAACGUUCUUUGUGAACAAUUCUAGUGAUAUUUAGGUUCCACGUGGACCAGAGCAGCCAGGUGCUGUUCAAAUUACCAUGCUGGAGCUGGCAGCACAAGGACAUGCUUCAAAGAAACUGGAAAGAUGAGUGUUAACAGUACAAGUUGGUUCAAAGCUGCUAGUUUACCAGCAAUUGCCUGUCUUUUAGCUACUCCUCUAGUCUUAUACAAGUUAUAUCCUCCUGAAACCAAAGACACACCAGAUGCCCCUGCCAUGGCUGCAAAGAAAUUGGAGCAUAUGGGUCCUGUUACAAGAAAUGAGUGGGUGAUGGUCGGUACAAUGCUCCUUGCAGUCCCUUUGUGGGUCUUUGGGUACUUAAUAUACCGACUAAGAUUAAUAAGGGGACUGUUGAAAUCAUCACCCCUGUAGAGCUUAUUAAGAAGGGUGACAAGGUUGGGUCCUCCAAGGCUGCCCUCCUUGCAGAGCUUGGCAGAAGGCCAUUCUCUUAUGGCCUCGUUGUUCUUCAAGUUUAUAACGAAUGACAAGGUCCUUUAUCUUGUCAAAGACGUAGAGGCACAUUACCAGGAACUUGAGAAAUACUGUCCAGUACGUUUGAUGCCUUCUUCCACCAUCGAACGUACGAGACGGUCUUUCUGAAGCUCCUUGUAAUGUCCCUCUGCGUCUUUGACAAGAGAAAGGACCUUGUUAUUCAUUAUUACUUCAUAGUGGCCCUUCUUCUGUCGAUAAAAGUAUAAUGUUGAAUGAGCUGUUGGUGCCAUAUUGUCAGCAACUGAUUCAGUUUGCACGCUGCAGUAUUGUAUUCGGUGAGGGAGUGGUGAAUGAUGCCACCUCUAUUGUGCUUUUCAAUGCAGUCCAAUCACUUGAUGUCAGCAACAUUGAUCUGCUUACAGCAUUGAAAUUCUUGGGGACCUUCCUUUACCUCUUCUUCACCAGUACUGCUCUUGGUAUAGCAGGACAAGGAGCUUGUCAUUUCCUUCAAUGGGAGGAUACUCAAGAAAUUACCACAAUUAAUGAUCUUGUAGAUGAAAGCAAACAUGGCAUAUCUGUAGAUUCUACUUCAACAAGCCAUGAGUUAGUCACUAAAAUGGGUGAUUUGAGUAUUAAUAAUUUAAAGAGGAAGUUUGAUUCACUAGAGAUGGAAAAUCCUCAACAUCUCCCAACUUCUGUGGCUGUACAUGAACAUUUUGAGAAAGAUCAAGAGCCUGUCAUAGAGAGGAGUGAACAUGAUGAGACUUCAGAGAAUUUAACAUCUACAAAGUAUAUUGAUCCAUCACGAGUUGAGGACUCUUCAAAUCUCCAAGACCUAGUUGUGCUGGAGGUUGAGUUGACUGCAAUACAAGGAAUACAUGGAGAAUCUAUUGGAGUAUCUAAUAUAUUUUUUGCUUUGGGGACAGAGCCCUUCAAAGAUCUUGAUAGAAUAUUCUCAGAGAUCGAGACUGAAUUUGAAGACCAAAGGGCAAAUAAUGCAAUAGAAGGAUGGGAGAACAUGGGUCAAGAAAAUGGACAUGUUCCUGCUCAGCACACUGUAAUUGAUCUUCAUUAUUACAGCACAGUUGAAGAGUUGGUGGAAGUGGGUCCUGAAAAGUUAAUAAUCGAAGCUUGCUAUAGGUACAAUUUAGAGCUACACAAGAAAGAAGAGAUUGCUGAGGAAAUUGCACGGUUGAGGAGUGCGGUUAGUGCUAUAACGGAGUCAAAGAAAUCUGCAAAGGGGGCUCCAGCACAACUUCUGGAUGCAUUUAGCAAGUUAGAGGUCAAUAAUAAUCGGAACCUAGAGAGGGCCAUGAAAGAGAUUACCUCAUGAGGGUUCCUCCCCCCAGUUCCCUACCACCUCAUCCAGGAUUCUCCAUGGUUAAGUCAAUGGCAAUGAGUGAGGUAUUGGAUGCGACCAAGGAGAAGAUGUUUUGCAAGCCUUGUUCCUGACAGCAGUGCAAAGGCACUUUGUAGGUAUACUGAAAUGGUUGAUGAUGUUAUCAGAACACAAGCUGAAAAAUUACAAGCAGCCAGUUAGUUAACCCGAGUAAGGCUCAAAGAGAUGGAACUUCCUGAUUCCAUUCUAGCUUUAGAAGGGAAUUUCACUCUCCCAAUGGAGCUCAAAGAAGAUGUGGAGGCAGUGCAGAUAAGUGGGGGCCCUGCUGGUUUGGAAGCAGAGUUACAGCAACUUAGGGAUCUGAGGAGGGUCAACCAGGAAAUGCUGGUCCAGAUAGCAGAGUUACAGCAAAAUAUGAUUGCAUUAGUGAAGAUAUUGCCCACAAUAUUGAGGCACAAGAACAACUGUUGCUGCAAAUCCAGGCUCAGAAUGAUGAUUUUUCAACCAUCUUUAAUCUUGAAGAUUAUAAAGCAUCUCGUGAGAAAUGUUACUAGCAGAUUCAAGCUGCCAUAGCAAAGUUCCGAGAGAUUAAGGAGAACAGCAAUGAGGGACUGAAAUUUUAUGUUACUCUACAGUGCCGGGAAAUGACUGAAGAUGUGCAAAGACAAAUGGCGGGCCUCAGUUUCCAAGAUAAUAAAAACGCAGGUGCUUACAACAACUACCCUUCAGGCAUGAGUAUGGCCAACCUGCUUAUCCGGGGUGUCAAGGCCCAUACGACAAUGCCCAUGCACAACAAUCUGGAUCUCAUCCUCGGCCUCCUUACACCAUCCCAGCUCCAUACCUUCCUCCUCACCAAAGUGGCUACUAUAAGCAACAAUAGUGUAGCUGUGUAGCAUCUAUCCAUUUUGGCUAUAUAAUUUGAUUGUUUUUUAUAUGGAAUUUGUCACUUUGUUCCAUCCUUGGUUAAAUGGAUUCGAUUUAGCUAGAUCUUAUUUAUGAUCGUAUAGCCUCUUCAUAAUCUGUAUGCUGGUUUGCCUAAUGCUUUGUAUGUGAAUUGCAUAGCUUGUACAAGGAUUUUUCUAUGUACAGCUUUUAAAUUAUGUUGACAUUUACCGAAAUGAUACUAAUUUGAUAAAUAAAAAUCAUCUAUUUCACCUUUUCUGUUC